CAGCGCGGGCGGACGCGGGACAGGUGCCCUCAUGCCGCCCACCGUGGCCGUCGUGGGCGGCGGCAUCAGCGGCCUGGCCGCCUGUUACCACCUGGUGCGCGCCCCCCGCCCGCCCAAGGUGGUGCUGCUGGAGGCCAGCGGCCGUUUCGGGGGGUGGCUGCAGAGCAGCAGGACCCCCGAGGGGGCCGUGUUCGAGCACGGCCCGAGGGGCGUCCGGCCGGCCGGGGCCGCGGGGGCCGAGACCCUGCACAUGGUGUCGGAGCUGGGGCUGGCCGGUGACAUCCUGGCUGUCCCUGGGGACCACCCGGCGUCCCGGAACCGCUUCCUGUACCGGGGGGGGACCCUGCACCCACUGCCCUCGGGGCUGGGGGGUUUGCUGCGGGCGGUGCCGCCGUUCUCUCGGGCUCUGCUCUGGAGCGCUGUGCGGGACCUGCUGACCCCGCCGGGCACGGAGCCGGACGAGAGCGCCCACGCCUUCGCCCAGCGCCGCUUCGGCCCCGAGGUGGCCGAGCUGGCUGUGGACAGUCUGUGCCGGGGGGUGUUUGCCGGGGACAGCCGAGCCCUGAGCGUGCGCUCCUGCUUCCCCGCGCUGUUCCAGGCCGAGAGACAGCGCGGAUCCGUCCUGCUGGGGCUGGCACUGCCACACGGCGGGCGCGGCGCGGCCCCGGCGCCGGCGCUGGCGCGGCGGGCGAGGGCGGAGCGCUGGAGCCAGUGGUCCCUGCGCGGGGGCAUGGAGAGCCUGGCACGGGCCUUGGUGGCCUUCGUGUCACCGCGCGGCGCCGAGCUGCGCUGCCACGCGCCCCUGACACACCUCAGGCGUCACCGCGGCCGCUGGCAGCUGACCCUGCCGGACAGCACCGUCACAGCCGAUCACGUGAUCAGCGCGCUCCCGGCCGCAGCGCUGGCCCGGGCGCUGCCGGCCGAUGCGGAGCCGCUGGCUCGGGAGCUCGGGGCCAUCUCGGCCGCCUCGGUGGCCGUGGUCAACCUGCAGUACCGGGGGGUGGCACUGCCCGUCACGGGUUUUGGUCACCUGGUGCCAUCCUCGGAGGACCCGGCGCUCUUGGGCAUCGUCUACGACUCGGUGGCGUUCCCGGAGCACGACGGGACCCCCGGGGGGACCCCCGGGACUGAAGGGACCCCCGGGACCCCCGGAGGGACCCCCGGGACCCCCUCGCUGAGGCUGACGGUGAUGCUGGGCGGCUCCUGGUUCCGGCAGAGUUUUGGGGAGCCGUCGGCGGCGCCCCCGGAGCUGCUGCUGAGCCGAGCCCGGGCGGCCGCUCGGGACCACCUGGGGCUGCCCGGGACCCCCACCCGCGCCAUCCUCAGGGUGCAGCAGCUGUCCCCGCUGUCCCCAGAGCGGAUCCAGCGUUUCCUGCAGGAGCAGGCGCUGCCCCUCAGCCUGGUGGGCGCCUCCUACGGCGGCGUCUCGGUCAACGACUGCAUCGCCAGCGCCAGGGCGGCCGUGGGGCGCAUUUUGGGGUCCCCCCCCGACCCCCCAGCCCCGAAUCCACCGGCGUAA